AUGGUACAAUACUCAGUAACAGUGGCAAUUCAAUGUAAGAAAACUUUAAUAAAGAGUUUUGUUAAUGUUUUUCAUCAUGACAGCUUACGUAAUAUGAAUCAGACUUCUCAAACAUUCAGCAUAACUAUUAUUGUAGCCGGCUCUAUUACUCAUUUCAUUAUUCGAAACGUUUUUGAACCCUAUAUAUAUUUCAACUUUUUUUCCAUCCAUAUUAUUAUUUCUACUACUACUACUACUACUACUACUACUACUACUACUACUACUACUACUACUACUACUACUACUACUACUACUACUACUACUACUACUACUACUACUACUACUACUACUACUACUACUACUACUACUACUACUACUACUACUACUACUACUACUACUACUACUACUACUACUACUACUACUACUACUACUACUACUACUACUACUACUACUACUACUACUACUACUACUACUACUACUACUACUACUACUACUACUACUACUACUACUACUACUACUACUACUACUACUACUACUACUACUACUACUACUACUACUACUACUACUACUACUACUACUACUACUACUACUACUACUACUACUACUACUACUACUACUACUACUACUACUACUACUACUACUACUACUACUACUACUACUACUACUACUACUACUACUACUACUACUACUACUACUACUACUACUACUACUACUACUACUACUACUACUACUACUACUACUACUACUACUACUACUACUACUACUACUACUACUACUACUACUACUACUACUACUACUACUACUACUACUACUACUACUACUACUACUACUACUACUACUACUACUACUACUACUACUACUACUACUACUACUACUACUACUACUACUACUACUACUACUACUACUACUACUACUACUACUACUACUACUACUACUACUACUACUACUACUACUACUACUACUACUACUACUACUACUACUACUACUACCAAUUUGAGGUUUAAUUUACAAUCUCUAUUACUUUUCUCAUUUUUAUAUAAAUUGAACUUGUAUGGUUGUAAAAACCAAGAUUUAUUUUAUUUUACCAGUAAAGUAUCAAAUAAGACCACUGUAUUUCUGUCAAACUGGAUUAUGAUAAUUUGGAUUUAUUGGGAAUGGCAAAGGUGUUGUUUUUUUUCUGAGCCAGGUGAUUCUGAUGAAAUGGAUAACAAAUUAGAUGUUUAUUCAAUAACUACUGCUCUAUGGGGUUCAGUAUAUACAGUGAAUUUUGUAGAUACUUCAGCUGAGAACUGUGAAAAAAAUCUUGAAGUUCAAAUACGUGAUUGUAUUGAUGCAUUCCUUGUUGUUUAUGCUAUUGAUGAUCAAAAUAGUUUUGAAGCAGCUAGAUUAAUCGUUAAUGCAUUGACACCAUUGAAUGAUACAAGACAAUGCCCAACGUUGUCAUCAUCAAAAGCGAUUAAUAGUCCGAUGACAGCUGUACCUGGACUAAUCUAUCUUGUUGGUAAUAAAUCAGAUUUAGUCAGAGGUAGACAAGUAUCUAUAGAAGAAGGUCGUCAUUUAGCCUCAAUACAUGGAGCGAAAUUCAUCGAAGUUUCUGCAUCGUUGAAUCAUAUGGUUGCAGACCUUUUUGUAUUACUAAUUGGUCAUCUACAUGAAAGUGAACAACGUGGCAGAGAUCCUCGUCUACCUGCUGAAAGAAGAGUUAAUCCAUUACAAUCAAAUCCAUUGACAAGUUCAUCAAAGUCGAUAAUAAACUCCAACGUAGUUAAUACUUCUAAAAUACUAACUGUUACCAAAGCGAAUUUUAGUAAAUUUCUAAAAAAACAUUUUAAACGUGUUAGUCAAGUCAAUGACUAACUGUGUUAACUAUAUGAAUUUAAUUCUGUCACAGACUUUUGGUAUUUUCGAGUUUCACUACUUACAUGUAGCUAAAGUAAAUUGAACAAAAUUCCAGAACAGCAGUUUUCAAUUUGUAAUGGUUAGUUUUUCUUCCGAUAUAGUUAAUUGCAACCGGAACUCAAGCUUCUCGACAGAAUAAACAAAAUAUCAUUUUAGAUUAGACUAACCUAUUACUAGUUGCAUAAUUCGUUAGAUAAAAU